AUGGGCUGUCGCGGUUUUCAGCGUUCCGUGGGUGUUGUGGGUAUGCCCAAUGUAGGCAAGUCAACGCUAUUUAAUGCAUUGACCAAGACCGAAGUGGCUCAAGCUGCCAACUAUCCAUUUUGCACCAUCGGCCCUAAUGUAGCGCGUGUAGCGGUGCCUGACAAACGCGUUCGUCAUUUGGCUGAAGUAGAAAAGUCCAAGCGAGUGAUUGAGACACAGCUCGAAUUCGUGGACAUUGCGGGUCUUGUGCGCGGAGCUUCGCAGGGUGAAGGACUCGGAAAUAAGUUUCUGGACAAUAUACGGCAAGUAGCAGUGAUUGCACACGUCGUGCGUUGCUUUGAGGACACCAACAUCGUCCACGUGGAUGAAUCUGUAGACCCGAUACGCGACCUCGAUACAAUUCGUACUGAACUGAUCUUGGCAGACUUGCAAACAGUUGAGAAGCGAUUGACAACCCUUGCGAAGAAGAAAAAGUCGACAGAUCCUUCGAUUCCGCCACUGUUAAAUGUUCUCCAGUGUUUACAGCCACAUCUGGAGGACGGAAACCUUGCAGAAGGUAUGACAUUUGAAAAGCCUGACGAGCAAUUGCAGUUUGAGCGUCUCCAGCUGCUAACGGCCAAGAAAGCGCUCUAUUUGUGCAAUGUAUCGGAAGACGACGCUGCUACGGGAAACGGAAUGACGAAGGCUGUGCGUGAGCGUGUCGAAGCAGAAGGAAGCAUGUGUCUUACGGUGUCGGGGUCCUUGGAGGAAGCAGCUGCCUCUUUCGAGGACGAUGAAAAUCAGCUGGAAUACCUGAACGAGAGUGGCUUAAAGGAGACAGGAUUGACGAAAGUCAUCCGUGCUAGCCAGGAGCUCCUCAAGCUGCAGACCUACUACACUGUUGGUGAAAAGGAAGCGCGUGCGUGGAAUGUGCUCGCUGGAUCAACGGCAGCUGUAGCAGCUGGUGUAAUUCACUCGGACUUUGAGAAGUUGCUCAUCCGAGCGGAGACUGUCAGCUUCGGGGACUUUGCAAAUGCUGGCAGUAUGCGCGCGGCCAAGGAUAAGGGAUUGCUGCGCUCAGAAGGCAAAGAUUACAUUUGCCAAGAUGGGGACAUUUUUAACUUUCUUGUGGGAAAAUAG